AUGUUUGACGAGGAAGCUGUCGAGUCGGUCCUGGUGCAGCGGGAAUGGCGGAGCCACAUGAAGAGACGAGUCAAAGAAGGCUAUAGAGAUGGAAUAGAUGCUGGCAAAGCAGUUACUCUUCAACAAGGUUUCAAUCAAGGUUAUAAGGAAGGUGCAGAAGUCAUUAUAAACUAUGGACAACUCAGUGGAAUGUUGAGUGCUUUGCUCUCCUGGUGAGUGCUUUGUCACCUUCAUGAUAAUAGUUCGGCUUUGAUCAGUAAAACAAAUAAUCUUCUGGAUGCAGUUGGCCAGUGUGAAGACUAUGUGCUCAUACAUCUGAAAUCAAUCACUCCACAGCCCCAUGUUGUAGAUUUAUUGGACUCCAUUCAGGAUAUGGACCUUUGUCAUAUAGCUCCAGCUGAGGAAAAGAUUGAUGAAGCUAAAGAUGAAAGAUUCUAUGAAAAUAAUGCUGAGUUUAACAAAAACUGUAGCAAGAAUCUUAGUGGGGUAGAUUGUUCAUCUUUAGAGUGUUGUAGAACACAGGAGUGUGCACAUUCUGAAAACCCAAGCCUCACUUGGAUUUUAGAACAGACAGCCAGUUUGGUAAAACAGCUGGGAGUAUCAAUAGACAUAUUACAGCACCUCAAACAACUAUAAAAAUUAUCUUCACUUUAAUAAUGAAAACAAUAUUCAGAACAUUCUUAGAACAUUUUGUUUCUGAACAAGCUAACCAAAAUUUGUACUGGUUUCUACAUUGAACUCUUCACUUGUAAGGUUAUCCUUCAUGGAAGUUUGAAAUGUCUUCAAAAUUAACACUAUUUAAUAUAAGCCUAUUUUCUUUGUCACUGGUAAUUUUUAUGUGGUUUAAGAUAUGCUCAGAAAUUCCAGUUGUCAUCAUUUUCAAAUUUAUGAUCAAAAUCAAGCAUUUUUGGACUCAUUAUUAGCAGAAAUGAACACGAAUCAGACUACAGUUAACCCUUGAACAACACAGGUGUUAGGGGUACCCACCCACCAUGCAGUCAAAAAUCUGCAUAUUACUUAUAGCUGGCCCUCCAUACCUGCAGUUGCGAGUCUCAGAUUCAACCAACCUCAGAUCGUACAGUACUGUAGUAUUUACUACUGAAAAAAAUCCAAGUAUAAGUGGACCCUCAG